UGAAGGAGAACCUUUGCUCAGGGAAGUGAACAGCUCCAGACAGCUGUUGAACAGCAUUGGCAUGACCUAUUGAUGACUCUUCUCGGUCCUCAAUAGACAUCCCAGCCUCUGCAGAUUCCUUCACCUUGUCAAAGGAUCUUCCGACGCAAGCAUCCACCUACCAUCCCCGCGCAUCUUAACUUCUACAAUCUUCGCGCAACUCCAACGCUUCAAGUAUUCUCUUGUUAACUCAACCGAACCGCGCGAGUCCAUACAAUCAUCAACCAUCCGCAUCCUAAAUAGCUUCUAAUUCUACGUAAGCUAAACACCACUGUGGAACGCCUGUCAGAGCUGUGCUUCGAAGAACCGUAUGUGCGACGAGGUCACACUAUCGACUUCUUUCCUUUCCUUUCCUUUCCUGUGAAGCGCUGAAAGGUGACGGAGAUGGCUCCUGCAAACAAAAGGAAGAGAGGUGAUAGGACAUUUGCACACGACAGCAAUGACGGCGGCAGGCCUUCUCCGCACCGUCCGCAAGAGAUGAACACCGGAGGUCAGAACAAAUCGUAUAACAGUAACAACAAUAAUCGCGGCGGUAGACGAGGCAGCCGUGGAGGUCGAGGAGGAGGAUAUCAACCCCCAAGAAGUCCUGCCACUCCGGCUAGGCCAAGCCAAAACCCAACUCCGACAGCUAUGUCGCCUCCGCAAAAUCCAUCUUUCAACAAGCCUCCACCUGCACAGUCUGUACAGCAACCCCGAAUUCAAGCACCGCCAAACCUCGACCCAGUACCGCUUCCAAAUCCUAAUGGAAUUCCGUUCUACUACGAGUACAUCACUGACAGCUGCAUAUCAUCGUGGAAGGCAGAGGGCAGAAACAAUUUGGUCAAUGCCACGAAGCAAGCUUUGGUUGACGAUGACUACCUUGUAUUCAACAUUGUAUUCCAAGAGCUUAUCCGAGCUGGUUUGGAUGGACACCUGGAUGCUACUGAAGCUGGCGCUACUGUAAAAGACAUCUUGGCUGAUGCUGUUGACGCAGACAACGCGUCGCAGUUCCUUGACACCUUGUCCGUUAUGAUUGAAGGGCUAAAUCCGAUUCCCCCUCGACUACAUCCGCUUCUCGUAGCCACCGAGAUCGAUCCUAUGCAGAUGCGAACUGAACUCGAUGUUCCCGUUCUUACUGCUCUUGGUCUUAUACGAGACACAUUCUUUAGGAGCUCUAUCCGCAAGACUACGAACGAGCUGUACCGACAAUGCGCUUUCAACCUACUCCGCGAAGAGUCGGAGGGCUACUCCAAGCUCAUGACUGAGUACUUUCAGGCCGUGAACGAGCAGGGCCCUAGCGGACCGUUCGUUGCUAAAUGUUUCGAGAAAGUCAAGGCUCUCAUCGGAACAUUCGACCUUGACGUUGGCCGUGUUCUUGAUGUUACCCUGGAUGUGUUUGCAAGUUUACUCGUGAAGCACCACAAAUUCUUCAUCAAACUUCUGCGCUGUAGCUACUGGUGGCCAGUCCAUCGCGCUGUCGAGGGCAUUGAGGUUGCAGACCCAGGUUUCACUUCUCUACCUAAUUGGGCAGAGCCAGACUAUGAGAAAUGGUUUGCUACCGACGAUGAAAAAUCUCGCUUCAACUCAUUACGCGAGAUUCGUGACCAGGGUUUUUGGCUUCGUGUCAAAGAGAUAGGCAUGGGUGCCUUCUUCGAGCUUGGUGGACGUCGCAUAAUCAAGGACCGCAAUGAAACGAAAGUCUCAAAUGGUGACUCGAAUGGAGUCGACGAAGCAGAACAGGAGGACACUGACGCUCAGUGGAGACGGAUCACUGGUCUACUACCGCCAUCCGGCAAUCACAUUGCUGCGCAGCUUCUCGGCUUCAAGUUACGAUUCUACGCGUCAAGCGCCCGGGACACUAACGAUAUACUCCCUGACAAUCUCAUCUACCUGGCUGGCUUGCUUAUCAAGAUUGGAUUUAUCUCGAUUCUUGAUCUCUAUCCGCAUCUGUAUCCUGCUGAGGAAGACAUGCCGGCCCUGAAGGACAAGUUGAUGAAAGAAAAGGCUGAGCGAGAAAAGAAAAACCGACCUGGAGGAGGCACAAUGAACGCUCUUGCUAUGGCUGGUGCUUUGGUUGAUGACACGCUACCACCAGCUGUUGCGCGGUUACGAGCUGAAGAGGCCCGAGCUUCCUCUCUCAGACCAGACGCAUCGUCUGACGCAGGAAAGAGAGAAGAAGACGACAAGAACAAGUUACCAGAUCCAGUGGACCAAAAGUACAAGCUCCUGCAGACUCUGUUACUCAUGGGCGCCAUACCAGAAUCUUUGUUCAUCCUAGGACGUUACCCAUGGCUGCUUGAUGUCUAUCCCGAUCUCCCCGAACACAUUCAUCGAAUUCUGCACCAAUGUCUAAGCAAGGUUUAUGAUCCCCUCAAGCCUAUCAUCGAAGAGGACGGUCUCCGUACGCCUAAGAAAAUAGCAGAAGAGGUCGGGGGUUUGACAAAGGGGCAGCUGAGUCUCAACGAUGGUUAUACCAGACGAGUUCUUCGGUGGGCUCAGCUUGAUCGUAUGGAUGCUGGUGACAAUGGAACGGACUACAAAUACUACUGGGACGAAUGGACGGACAAUGUGCCGAUCUGCCAAAAUGUCGAUGACGUCUUUACGCUCUGCGGAUCGCUUCUGAAUCUGUCUGGUGUCAAGAUUGGCAGAGACUCGAAGCUCAUGAUCAAGCUCGCCCGCAUCGGGAAGAUGAGUUUGGAACAAGAUCCAUCCAACGCAAAUUUUAAACGAUGGCAGGAUCUCUGCAAGCGACUUCUCGUUCCGGCCCUGAGUCUUGCAUCUGGGAACCCCGGCGUUCUGAACGAGGUCUUUGAGCUCCUCCAAAGGUUCUCAACCGCGGUGCGAUACAACAUGUAUGCCGAAUGGUUCACUGGCGCCACAAGCAGGCUUCCAGACAUUGCUGUUGCGUUUGAUCAGUCAAAAGCCGAGACGAAGGAUGUUCUCAAGAGGAUCAGCAAAGAGAAUGUCAAGCAAAUGGCACGAGCACUAGCCAAAAUCGCGAACGGCUCACCAGGUAUUGUUUUCCAGGUCACUCUGAACCAGAUCGAGUCGUACAGCAAUCUUAUCACAGUCGUCAUUGAAUGCGCCAAAUAUUUUACCUAUCUUGGGUACGACGUUCUCACUUGGUCUCUAUUGAACUCUCUUGGCGGUCGAGGACGAGACCGCAUGCAGGGUGAUGGCAUGCUUACCAGUCCGUGGCUCAAAGCGCUGUCUACCUUUACCGGCGGCGUCUUCAAACGAUACGCUAACAUGGACCCAACACCGGUCCUACAGUACAUCACUUAUCAGCUUCGCAACGGCGUUUCUACCGAUCUUGAAAUCCUGGAACAGAUGCUGGAAAUCAUGUCUGGUGUUCGAUCCGAGAUUGAGUUCAACGGUCCUCAGGUCUUGGCUAUGGCUGGCUCUACCACUCUACGUGCAAGGACUCUGGCCCAAGUUCUGGAUCAUCGCACAAAACCUGAGACUCAAUUGUCGGCCCAUCGCCUGAUACAAAGUCUUGUGAAGCCACGACUCGCUGCUCCAUUACUCAUCUCCAUCGCGCAGGAGCGCCAAGUUCAUGUUUUCCGUGAUGAGAACAAAGACGUGCCUCUCAAAGUCGCUGCGAAUAACUUGGACAAGCUUCAUCAUCUGUUUGUCCAAUAUCUCGAUGUACUGCGCUACAACCUCAACGUAGACGAGUUCGACUCUAUCGUCCCAGACUUGGUCAGCUUGAUAGCCGAAUACGGCGUGGAGCCCAGUAUCGCUUGGGCCAUCUGCAGAGACAGCUUAACUAAGAAAAUCAAUGGGUAUGAUGCCGCCUUGAAAGAAAAGAAAGAGCAGGACGAGAAAGAAAGAAAGGCUCACUCAACAAAUCAAGUCAAGAAGAGCGAUGAUGAUGUCGAGAUGGUCGACAACGAGAGUAAACCUGUGGUAACUGCCGAGGGUGAGAGUUCGAGAUUAAAACAGGAUGAAGACAUGAAAGAUGCUCCCCAAUCCAUAGAUGCCACAACGCCAACCACGGCACCAGCCGACCCUGCUGAUCCUUCUCAUCCCAUUCUGAAAGAAAUUGCGGAACGCCUCAAAUCUGCCCUGCCCGAGGACCUCGAGGACAGGAUGAGCCUCGCAUUUUACACUCGAUUCUGGCAACUUGGUCUACACGAUCUGCAUGUUCCCAUGGAGCAGAAUACGGCCGAGACAGACAAGAUAAGGGCCCAGCAAGCAGCAAUCCGUGCCGGCAAGACCGACGUCAGUACUUCGGGCAGAGACAGGAAGAAGCGACAGAUCGCUGAACUCAAUGACGAAGUUGAUAUGCUCAACGCAGGGGCUAAAUCGAUGCUCCAAGUUCACACUAUCACUUUCAGCAGGCUCAAGCAAGAGAACAAAUUUUGGUUCACCAGCCUCACACUUAACAAUGCCCAACUUCAUCAAGCAAUUCUUCAAGACUGCUUCCUCCCUCGUAUUCUGAUCUCGGCCUACGACGCUCACUACGUCUUCAGAAUGCUGUUCUACCUCCAUAAUGCAGGCACUCCGGGCUUUCACACGUGGACAAUGAUCGACCAGAUUUUCAAAGACAAACUCCUUACUCCACUAAUCUUCCAGUUCACGUCACGAGAAGCUUCAAACUUUGGGCGUUUCUUGAACGACCUGCUUAAAGAGUUGGCUAAGUGGCAUGCAACACGGGAUGAGUAUUGUCGAUUAGCUUAUGGCACAAAGAGAGAUCUUCCCGGUCUUGCAAGGAAGUUAGACGACAACAAAAAGCGACCGACAGACUUCUUAGACUUUGAUGAGUUCCGGCAGUCACUAUUCAAAUGGCACAACAAUCUUAAGACGGCACUGAUGAACUGCCUGAAAGGCGGUGAGUACAUGCACAUCCGCAACUCCAUUAUCAUGCUUCGAGCCAUGCAUGAAAACUUCCCGUCUGUGGACUUCAUGGGCAAAACGUUAGUUGAGUCUGUACGAGAGAUCGCGCAGAAUGAUACCCGCGGAGAUUUGAAACUCAUGGCCCAAUCGCUUGUUGGUCUUCUAUCAAGACGCCAGAAGUCAUGGAUUAUGCCACAAGCAUUCAGACCGGGAGGUGCCGUUGGAUCCACAGGCAGGGGCGGUUCAGCAAGGCCAGAUACACCACAGCCUGGGAUUUCUGGGCUCAAUGCCACGGCUUCUGAAUUUAAACCAGUAGGCAAAGCAAAUGGAGCCGUUACUAAGCCAGGAGGUGGCGAUGAUGAUUCGGACGGUGAAAUAGACGAAACAAAGGGCUCUGUUCGUCAAAGGACAGCUAACGCGCCGGCUGGGAUGUCCAGUGCUAAUGACACGAAGCCCAUGGAUCAAGAAUCUGCACCUGGGAAGAUGGAGGUCGAGAAGCACAGAGCGAGUGAUUACGCGACGCCGCCGACCUUCUCUGCCUCUGGACCACAAAAGCCAGAUGGAAGUCGCCCUCCCAGCCAACCAGCAGCUUCACGAGUUCAGCACGCCCUUCCCAAUCGCCCUGACGGCUUCUCUCGUGGAAAGCCUAACGACCGCCCACUCGAUCGUUCCCUGGAUUAUCGCAGCCACGCAAACUCGACCCCACAAGCUGAUGGUCGUCGACUGCCUCCUAAUGGCGAGUAUGGAAGAUUAGAGCAAGUAGGAGAGACCUACCCUUAUCGAGAUCCUCGAGAACGAUCCCCAAAUCGUGGCGUUCGUGGUCGCAGCUCAGAGCGGGAUCGACGCGAGCCAAACCGAGAUCCAAAUUGGAUGGGCACGAGAGAGCUGUCGCGUGACCACCCUGACAAUCGAAGAGUGCGGCCUAUGCCCUCUAGAGAUGGGCUGUCAGACGUACGACCUCCCUACGAGAGUCCGAGAGAUGGACGUGAUCGAUUUGGUCCUGAUUCCAGACCUUCACCGACUGCAGACGGUCAUCGACGACUGCAGGGUGUCGGUCCUGUGAGCUCACCUGCACGUGAUGAUCGCAUCGCACCAGGACCAUAUCCUCCCAGAGGAAGUGACGGAUCAAGGGGCGAAGGUGCUAGAGGCGACGGUCCCAGAAGUGAUUAUCGUGAUGAGAGAGGGACUCCCUCUGAGCGACCGCCUCUUUCUGGCUACUCGAUUGCGCCACAUGAUAGGCGUGAUGAUCCAAGCGGCGGGCCACCCCCAUCUGGACCUCGUGGUGAGCGCGGUGGCAUGCGCGAGCUUUUCCAGCCCUCAAACAACCCAAGAAAUCCUGCAGACCCUGAUCAUGGACGUCUCAACCGCGAGUUUACUCAACCAGCUCGUCCAAAUCAGGAUCCGAACUAUGGUCGACUCAACUCAGGCUCAGAAGUUCCUUCUGGGCCAAGACCCCGAGGGCGGCCUGGACGAGAGAGUCGUAACUUUGCGAACGUUCAGGGUGCUUCGGUACAGCCUCCAGCAUCCCCUGCAAGCGAUAGAGCACCGCCUGGACCUCUCGAUGACCGGCGAGAACAGCGGUCAGCUGAUCUUAUGGCAGUGACUUCAUCUGCUCCACCGACCCCGUCUACCGAGCAGCCGACAGCUACAGAGAUAGCCGGUAUUCAUCCGAGUCGGCUUAAUCAUAUUCAGACAGAUGUACCGCCACCUUCUGGCCCUCGAAAUUCCCAGCGCCCACUUGCCGGGCCAUCGCCGUCCGCACGAGGUCCUCCAACUGGGCCUGCUUUCGGUUCUGAUCGUGAGCGACCUCCUCGAUCUGAUCAUCGUGGAGAAGACAAACGAUUCGUAGGUGUACAGAAUAUUCUGCAACAGGCAAAUUCCGGUGGCUCUUUCGAGCGCAAUCCAACUGAUCGCGGCGCGCCUAAUCGUGCCAUUGUAAGACCAGGACGAUCGUCUGGCCUUCCAUCGCCAAAUCAACCUUCGACUCCUAUCAGCGUCAAUCCUGAUAACGUGCAACCCCCUACUGGCGGCCGCGACCUGAUGGCUUCGAAUUCCCAAGGCGAGACAGGCUCUCAAGAUGAGCGCAACGAAGGUCGUGGCAGCCGACGAGAUGGCCGUGAUAGCAAGUCCAGCCGACAUCGCGAGCGCGAGAGAAGUCCACGUGGCGAGAAAGAGGGAAGCAAUCGACGCGAGCGCGACGAUGGACGCACUGAGCAUCGAGACAAACGGCCUACCACCAGCGCUGAACGUCCAGAGCGAUCCGAACGACCAGAGAGGGUUGAGAGUGGGAGAGAGAGUAGUCGACGCAAUGGCAGAGAAGAAGGGAGAGAAAGAGAUCGUGGGAAUGAGCGAGGCGGAGAGCGCGAACGUGAACAUAGGGAGAGGCGUGAAGGACGCGGAGACAGGGAUCGCGAACGGGAAGCCGGUGGAUCACAUCUACUGCAUCAGAGCUCGCGAAAUGAAGGUCGUAGACCACCUCUACCUCCCCAAGCUCCACCACCAGGUCCUCUGCCCAACAAUACUUGGCAGGGAGACAGACCUAGUGACAUGAGGAUUCGCGGUGAGGGCCAUAGAAGAGAUAGCGGUGACUUACGAGGAGGUGAAAGAGGCGGGAGAAAGAGAGGAAGAGGAGACGAGCCCGGAUCAGGGCCCCAAGGGGGACACCUAGACAAGCGGCCGCGACGGUCUCAGGGGUAG